AGUCUGGGUCACGUGGUGUUGUUAUUUUUGUUUCCCGCUUCCUGCUGCUGGAUUCAUGUGAUCUGAUGAUCUGGUGAUCUGAUGAAUCUGCGCUUCCUGAACUGAUUAUCUCAGCCGCUCCUCACAGCGCGAGGUUCUCUAUAAUAAACCCUCCAGCAGACCCUGCGCCGCGCGCUGCUCGGUAUGGCGGACGGAGAGAGGUCUCCGCUGCUGGCGGAGGUGAGCGGACUGUCCGCGGCGGGAGAAGAGCUCCGGAGAGCCGCCGCGUACGCCAGUGCUCCGCCCCUGCCUGGGUUGCCAGGUGAGGCACCGCCACCUUACUCCCCGCUGGCCUCCCCCGACAGCAGCAGCUCCCCCGUCAUCAGCUGCAGAGUGUGCCAGUCCCUCAUCAGUGUGGAGGGAAAGAUGCACCAGCAUGUGGUGAAGUGUGGAGUCUGUAACGAGGCAACGCCCAUAAAGAACGCCCCUGCUGGGAAGAAAUAUGUGCGCUGUCCCUGCAACUGUCUCCUGAUAUGUAAAGUCUCCUCGCAGAAGAUCGCCUGUCCUCGGCCCUACUGUAAGCGCGUUAUUAAUUUAGGUCCGGUCCAUCCUGCUGUGGGGAGUCCUGCUCAUCCUACAGGAGCGAGAGUGUCCUGUGGCCACUGUGGAAACACCUUUCUGUGGACGGAGUUUACGAACCGAACAUUAGCCCGCUGCCCGCACUGCAGGAAGGUCUCAUCAAUUGGUCAGAGGUACCCAAGGAGGCGGAGCUUGAUCUGGUUUGUCUUCUGUUUGCUCUUCACCUUUGCAACGAUUGGACUGAUGGUGGGAACAUGGAGGAUGGCGCAGCACAAUCAGAAGCUGUAUAUGCUCUGGGCUUUUUUUCUUCUCCUGGUUCUGAUCAGUCUGCUCAGGGCUCUACACUGGACCUGUCUGAAGAUCAGUGAACCUCUGCACCACUACACAUAAACACAGACACAGGGGGAGGAGAAGAGAAAUAUGAAGGGUUGUGGAAGGACGGCACAGGUUGAGUUAUCUCGCUCUACAGUCUCUGACACUACUGCUAUGACACUACCUCCACCAUGUUUUAGGUAUGAGGUAGUAUUCUUAGAAUUUUCUGUUUGAUGAAAAAUCUAAAGUUUUGAAAAUAGAAAGCAAGAAGUUUAUUUUCUGUUUGUUUAUUCAGGUUUGAGGUUAAUAUUAUUUUUUUUGUUUUGUUUAUUUUUUAUUUUUUGUCCUAAAUUGUAAUUAUUUGAAGUUUCCCAAGUCAAAACUGUGGUAAAUCAUGUGCAGCAGCACCUUCAUUCUCUCUGGCUAUUCCAAAACAUUCCUAUAAGUUUAAAUAUCAGGGAACAGAACUGAAAAUGGCAUUAUUUCCAACAAAACACACUAAUUUGAUAUCAUGUAGUUUUUCUCCAAUAUUUGUAUAUUAAGCUGGGAAUAUGAAGCAGCGAUAUCAUUUAAUAUUUAGAGAUCACCUUUAAAACACCUUUUAAAAUUUACUAUUAAGAGAAAAUGUGUUAUUGAUUUUGGUAACAAAUAUAUCCAAAUAUUACUAAAAUAUUUAGAUUUUUCUGAACAUCAGUGAUUUUUCAGAUGUUAGUGAUCAACCUUAAAAAUGUAUUUGAAAAAUCCUGCGAUAAUUAAUCUAUAGAAGGGGAGAAAUUAACAUUUUUUUAUGUUUAGGCAGGGAGAGUAUGUAUUACCAUUUUAAAACCACUAAUCAAUUCUAAUCACAAAUCUAUCUAUCUAUCUAUCCAUCUAUCCAUCUAUCCAUCUAUCUAUCUAUCUAUCCAUCUAUCUAUCUAUGUGUCUAUCUAUCUAUCUAUCUAUCUGUCUAUCUAUCUAUCUAUCCAUCUAUCUAUCUAUGUGUCUAUCUAUCUAUCUAUCUAUCUAUCUAUCUAUCUAUCUAUCUAUCUAUCUAUCCAUCUAUCUAUCCAUCUAUCUAUCUAUCUAUGUAUCUAUCUAUCUAUCUAUCUAUCUAUCUAUCUAUCUAUCUAUCUAUCUAUCUAUCAGACAUAUAUGACGCAUCAGCUGCCCCUCAAAACUCACUUCUAUACAUUUCUGGAUUUAUAAACUGAUAUGAUGGAUUAGUAUUUACUAGAUUUAACAGAAAUAUGAUUCAGGUUACUCAGCGUUACGCAGUUUCAUCUCGAGAGCGUUUGUUUGUUUUGGUCUGCUUCUCCACAGUUCUCUGAGGAUCUGACAUAUUGAUGCUCUUUUCUCUUUUACUGUUAUUGUAAAGUUAAAGUGCUGCAUAACGCUGCUCUGUUAAUAAUCACUAUAAUCACUGGUACUGAGUUUAGUUUAAAUUACAAGGAAAAAUACUGAAGCACAUAGACGGACACUGUCUGACAAAAGUUUAGGUACACUUUGCAUUUUCUUUUCCUCAAAAGCAGAUUCAUGUUUUAGUUGGGUAGGUUUAGCUUUAUAUCUUUUCUUCCUGAAGCUCCGACUGAUCUAAACAUCUGAUCUGAUCUCACUGUUUCUUCUGAACAAACAAGACUUUAGAUCAGUGUGGUGGAGAACAGCAGGGCAUAUAUACUGUAUAUAUAUAUAUACUGUGGUAGUUAUUUUUUUAUUUGGCAGAUAAAACAUGUUUUUGUUGAAUAAUUUAAUAAUGAUGAAAUCAUCUGUUCUGAUGACGGUCACGCACACAGUGUGUUCUGUUUUGUUGUUUACAUGAGAUAAUCAGUUUACAGUGACAUCAUCAUAUAUUGAAACCCUUUAAUGCCUUUAAGCCUAAAGCUAAGUAACACUUUUAUUUCAUGAAAUGAUUAAAUGCUGCCUGAUUGUUUAAUUAUGAAGUUAUUUAUAAUCCUGAAACAGAUGAACAUGCAGGGAUGUUAUAUGAACUGUUUGUUAAAUUGUUUGUUUUAUUAUAAUUAACAGUAUACAGUACCAGUAAAAGUUUGUACACAUAUUCAAUUCAGUCUUUUUUCAUUAUUUCUUUUUCAUAAAUUAGGGUCUGCAUUGUAGCAUCCAAACUAUAAAGAAAAACAUGGAAUUAUUUAGUAAACAAAAAAAGUAUUAAAAGAAACAGAAUAUGUUUUAUAUUUUAGAUUCUUCAAAGCAGCACCUCUUGUUCAGUUUUGAACAUCUCUGCUGGAUUUUCUCCUGGAAUUCAGGCUUUCAGUUAACAGCUGUGCUGAACUCAUCAAGAGUUAAUUACUGUAAUUUCUUGUCUCUUAAUAAAGUGUUUGAGAGCAUCAGUUAAAGUGAAGUGAAUAGUGAAUAUUUCAGUAAUGUUCGAAUCCAGAACUACUCAACUUAGUAAAGAAAAAAACUUAAGAAAAAGAAGGUCAGUCAAUCUGAAAAACAUUAUUCUCAAGUGCAGUUACAAACACCAUCAAAAACAGUAUGAUUAAACUGGCUCUCAUCAGGACCAUCCCAGGAAAGGAAGAGCAAGAGUUUCCUCUGUUUUACAGAAUAAGUUUAUCAGAGUUACCAGCUUUAGAUACUACAAGAUAACAGCACUGCAGAUAAGAGCAUCUACAUUCUUCACAGAGUAUUUAGGUUUAACACUUUUAAAUUACUAAAUGAUUCCUUAUGUGUUCCUUCAUAAUCUGAAUCACUUCACUAUAUAUUUCAACAAUGUAGGGAAAAAUAAAUCAAUAAUAAAAACAUUGAAUGAGAAGGAGUCCAAAUUUUGACUGGUACUGGAUAUAAAACACAAACACAAAUCAGAUGACUGAUUAAUAGACAUUACAGUCUAUAAUAAAAGUUAAUAGGAACAUCUAUAUAAAGCUUUUUUAUGAAGCUCGGGCACCAAAGCACACGCCACUUUUCUGUAAAUAAAAUGAGUGGAUUAUAAAUGACAGUGGCUUUAAUCAGGUAAAGAGUCUGAGGGGAUGAUCUGUAAAUGCUGUGUGCUGAAUUUAAUACCAGACAACCGGUCUGAAGAGUUUUAAUUUGAUUAUGGAAUUUUGUACACUACAGCCUCUAACUCAAACAUUAUGUGGGGUCUGAUUGCAGAGACAACCAAUAGUUUUUUUAUGAUUGUGAUAUGUUUACAGGCUGCACUACAUUUUACUGUACUUUAACUAACAGAAUUUACUUUGCUCAUGUUGAUUUGUAGUUAAUUGUUUUUGUACAUUCCUUCAUGACUAAAGAUUAUAUACCUCCAAUAAAAACCCCUAUACCUCUGUUCUAUUAAA